AUGGCCAGCGCCAAACAACUGUGCAAAGUCCCGGCAUCAAAAUCACCCGCUGUUGAGACGCACGAGCCGAAGUCACUCAUGAAUCUCCCCCCAGAGCUCCGAUUGCGCAUCUACGAAUACGUCUUUGCCAGCCAACACAUCCCGUCCGAGAGCCACUGCUGUUCGAACGCUCAGCUCGUGAGUAGCGAAAUUGGGAAGCAGCUCCCGAUAAAAUGCACCUGCAGCUCCGGGCCACACCACCCGGAAAUCCUCCGUAAAUCUCGAAUCUCCAACCCGCCUUCCAAAUACAUCAUUGCUAACUUCAAAACUCCAGGAGUCAGCAAGAAAAUCUUCCACGAAGCCAUGCCGAUCUUGUACGACAACCUCGAACUCCGCGCAACCCUCCCUCCUCCCGGCACUCUGAUUUUCCUCCCAACCGUGCUCCCGGGAAACCUCAUCCCCAUCGUGCCCGAAUCCGCAUAA